ACAAGGUUCAGCUGAGACUGAAAACUGCGAACGUAAAUUGCCAUAUACUUUCAGUUACAAAAUUUCCGUAAGCUAAUGUUCUUGUUAGCAUAAUCACUACGACUACUUAGUGUGCGCCAAGCACCCUCUUCAAGAAGACUCCCUCAUUCCAUAUCUUAGGUUCCCGGAAUGAGAAAUACAGGCAUACGCAUGUGUCUAUGUAUAUACUCUAGUACUGGAUGGGCGUACAAUGGGUGAUACCCCUGUCCCACAGUCACGGGACCCCACAGCACCCCACAGGUUUACCACGCACAAUCAACAUUGACAACCACGCAGCCACACAGGCUCCCACACUAAAUUCUUCUUUCCCCAACGACGCCCUAUUUCUCAUAUCCAGCAAUGUCUCCAUCCACUCCCUUGAUUCCAGCACAAGGCCCUCAGGCUGUGGUAUUUCGCGCCGCAAAAGAAGUGACUUGCAUCCUUAGAGACGCGGGAUACACAUUUGCAAUCAUGGGGAGUUUGGCUUGCUAUCUCUACGGAAAUGAACGCCUACCAAAUGACGUCGACAUUUUGAUUUCAUCGCGUACCUGCGAUCUGGAGCCACUCAAGAAAUUUCUCGUCACCCAGAACCCGGAUCAUUUCUAUCUCGUGAAUGCCAAAUCACCUCGAGCUAAGUUCAAGGUAUUGUGGUACCACGAUCAUGGUAGAGAUGGAAAACUGGAGAGAACAAAGGUCGAUAUCAUGAAACCGGGAGUUAUGCAGCUGCCGAUGAUAUUUUCCGAGACUAUUGUCGAUAAGCAGGGGCUUCCGGUUGUUCCCAUGUCGAUCCUGCUGCUGCACAAACUCAGGGGUUGGGAGGAUAAUAUGAAGUCUCCGAAGCCGCAUCUUCGGAGGAAGCAUGAUGCGAAUGUGGGAGAUAUAGGUUCGUUGCUGAGGAUCGUUACUGAAGGUAUGGGCAAGCAGGAAAAGAGAAACUCCAUGCGUUGGAAAAAGUUUGCGCUGGAGAGGUUUAGUAGAGGAUUCCGGGAUGGGACGAAGCGUCGGGUGAACUUGUUCAGUGAGAGAAAUCCAGAGUAUGGAGAUAUGUGGAAGGAGCUCGGCUGGUAGACAUAUUGAACGAACUCUUUCUGAUGUACUAUUUUUCCUACUCGCUCUGUUCUUAUUUAAUUUGCUGAAACUGAGACUCAAAUGCAUUCUACUUGUGACAAG